AUGGCGUCUUCCGUUGACCCCUCAACUACUGGCCGGAAAGAUCUCGAGCUAACAGGUCUUCCAGGUCUCCAGGCCCACGUCAGUAGUUCACAACAACGUCUGAGAGGCGGUUCGAAUGCCUUGAUGGUUGGAGGUCACAGACAGAGGUAUGUAUAUCUAGCAACUUGUAACCAACUCUAG